AUGGAUAAACACUUCCUAGCAGGUGGAGAAACGUCCCUGGACACCGGCGCCUUUCUGGAAUUCAUGGAAAUGGAUAGAGCUAGCACCCGUGCAGCAUCCCCAUCUGAGGAGGAGUUACAGCGGAGGCUACAAGCAGCUCUGUCCCAGUACGAUGGCCCUUUCUUAACAAAGGGUGAACUGGACCGAUCCGUCGGGAUCUCUGGAACAAUGCUCUUGAGGAGGUUUGUUGUCUCCGGGGAGAAUCCCUCCCAACCAUUAUGCAACGAUUUUGGGAUCAAGUUGAUUUGCGGAUGCAAUUCUUGGGAGAGCAGCCCCUGGCGGAAUGGGUGUUUAAAUUAGUACAGAAAGAAUUGUGGCUGGAUGAUUCUUAUCGGGCCUUAAAGGAUCACUAUAGUGCUAGGAAAACAUACUCGUUUUCCUGGCACUAUAGUGCCCUGAGGGUGCCCCUACCUUCAGGGUCCCCCUCCCGCUGGGCUCUGGCCCCAACUUGCAGCAACUUGCAGCAAAGCCUUUCGGUGAUGGUGGAACUUGAGGAGUACACCACCACCCCAGCUGAAGCGCUGGCAUUGAGUCAGAGCGCUGCUGGCCUCUGUGCCCAACUUGCAAUGACGCUGGAGCUGAAGAGCAGGGAGAUCAACCUCUAG